AUGGAAGGCGCUUCCGAGUUUCUUUCCACACAAAGGGUUGCAGUUAUCACGGGAGCAAACAAAGGAAUAGGACUCGAGAUCUGUAGACAGUUAGUUUCCAAGGGUGUGAUUGUGGUGCUAACUGCCAGAGAUGAAGAAAGGGGUAUUAAAGCUACUGAUUAUCUCAAGAAGGAAGGUGUAUCUGACUAUCUGAUCUUUCAUCAGCUUGACAUUCUCAAUCCUGUAAACAAUGCAGCGGCUAUUGGAGUUAGAGUGGAUAUGAAAGCUCUGUCUCUUUCGGAAAGUCUUCAGCCUGGUAAAAACAUUGAAUGGAAUGAGGUAUCCUCUCAAACUUAUGAAUUAGCAGAAGACUGCUUAAAGACUAACUAUCUGAUUCCGGCAGAAUUGUCAAUGUUUCUUCUUUAUCUGGAAAGCUUAAGAUGGGCUCAAACAAUAUUAGAUGAUACGAAUCGCUUGUCUCUGGAGACGGUUGAUGAGGUACUGAACAAAUUUAUGAGAGACUUCAAAGAAGGCUUGCUGGAAACUGAAGGCUGGCCAUCUGUUCUUUCUGCUUACACAUUAUCAAAAGCAGCCCUGAAUGCAUACACCAGGAUACUGGCCAAAAAAUACCUGGAUAUAACGGCUGGCUCUGUUGCAAAAGCCAGGACCAUCAGGAUUGUUUUUCUCCCGCAAAAUUGUGUCACCUUUUUAGGAUCAUGUAUCAUCACACAAGAAAUUUCAUGA